AUGGAAACUAAAAAUUAUUUUAUCAGAUGGAAUAAAAAAACUGGAAUUGAAGAUAUUCAUAAAGCAACAUCUGAACUAAUCAUUAUGACAGCUUCUAAAUGUUUAUUAGGAGAAGAAGUUCGAUCAAAACUUGAUGAAACAUUUGCACAAAUAUUCCAUGAUCUUGAUGGUGGCUUUAGACCAAUAAAUUUUCUUUUUGAGAAUUUACCAACAAAAGCCAACAAAUUACGUGAUCAAGCACACAUUAAAAUGCGUAGUUUCUUUUUGGAUAUAAUGAAAUCACGUCGUGAAAGAGGUGUCACUGAUGGCACAGACAUUAUGCAAUAUUUGACAAAAGAUUGUGUUUAUAAAGAUGGAAAAAAAUUAUCAGAUGAAGAAGCAGCACAUAUUAUGAUUGCAAUGUUAAUGGCAGGUCAACAUACAAGCUCUACAACAAGUGCAUGGGCUUUUCUUUACCUUGCCCAGAGUCCAGGAUUAUUUGAGAAAUUAAGACAAGAACAAAUCAGAGUGUUGGGAUCACUUAAUGCUCCAUUAACUUUUGAGGCAUUGAAGGAGAUGACACUGCAUGACAAUGUUGUUAGGGAGACAUUGCGUUUACGACCACCUAUUCUUACGAUUAUUCGUAAAGUUAUUAGAGAUAUGAAAAUUCCAGGUACAAAUUAUGUCAUACCAAAAGAUUACUACAUCCAGGCUAUUCCAGUGGUUUCAGCAUGUUCAGAUGAAUUUUUUGAAAAUGCACAGACAUUCAAUCCUGGUAGAUGGGAGGAGUUUGAUAAGAGCAACUUAGUUAAGGAAAGGAAUGAUGAUCUUGUGGAUUAUGGAUUUGGUGUUUUGCAUUCUGCUAGUGCCAAAUCACCAUUUAUUCCAUUUGGUGCAGGACGUCAUAGAUGCAUUGGAGAAACAUUUGCAUAUUUACAAAUUAAAACAAUUAUAGCAAUAUUUGUUAGAACAUUUGAUUUAUGUUUGAUAAAUAAAAAAUUUCCAGACAUUGAUUAUACUACCAUGAUAGCUCAACCCAAAAAUCCAAUUAUAGAAUAUACUAGAAUAUUAGAAUAA